CAGUAUAAGCACCGUAUCAGACGCAACAGUGUUUCAAUGUAAAUUAUUUCUCAUUAAUCGCACGUCCAUAAAGUCUUAUCGUUGCAUAAAAAAUGACGACAGCGCCGAGCGCAAGCACCAACAAACCUCUAGGUAUCGAAUUUGCAAUUGGAGCAUUAGCAGCAGUGGGUGCUGGAUUUUUUACAAAUCCAGUUGACGUUAUAAAAGUACGUUUACAAUUACAAGGAGAGCUAGAAGCGCGAAAUUCAUACAAAAAAAUAUAUAAGAACACCCUGCACGCAGCAUAUUUAAUAGCGAAACAUGAGGGUGUACUUGCUUUACAAGCCGGUAUUGUGCCAGCUCUCUAUUUUCAAGUGGUGCUCAACGGAAUACGGUUAGGUAUCUACAAUAUAGCGAAAAAGUCCGAGCUUACUGUAAACGAUAAGGGGAAUACUGACAUCUUAAAAACUACACUAAUAACUGGAACAGCCGGAUGCAUUGGAGCUGUUCUUGGCAGUCCUUUUUAUAUGGUGAAAACACAAAUACAAGCACAAUCAGCACAAUCUAUAGCUGUUGGUUAUCAGCACAAUCAUGAAGGUACCUGGUACGCAUUCAAAUCUUUAUGGAAAGAAGGGGGAAUAGUUGCCUUGUAUCGCGGCUGGCAUGCCAACAUACCACGCCUUUUUGUAGGAUCUGCGACCCAAUUGACUACUUUCGGAUUAACUGCGGAUUGGUUACGCUCACUAGAAGUAUUUCCAAAUCAACCAAUACGACUAACUUUUUUGGCUUCCUUAAUUGGCGGAAGUUGCGUAGCAUUAACUAUACAACCGUUCGACGUUUUAGCAACAAGACUGUACAAUCAACGCACAGAUGCUGGUGGAAAAGGUUCUUUAUACAAUGGACUUUUGGAUGCACUAAUUAAAAUAUUCAGAACAGAAGGACUGACUGGCUUGUACAAAGGAAUUUUUCCAACGUGGAUGAGAAUAGCACCGCACACUGUGCUGUGUUUAGUUUUUUAUGAAAAAUUAGAUCAAUUGUAUGAUAGAGUUCGAAGUUAACAUUAAUACGAGAAUAAAUUUUUUAGAAAUGUGGGACGAAAAAUUUUAUAAUUUUCGAACUAUUAUAUAAGUAUGACAUGUACAAAAUAAUAAAUGAAUUUCUUAUAUGGGCAGUUAUUAUACAUGUUUCAUAAUUUAGUUAAUUGUAUGUACAUAAAACACGGUCGACUCGAUUGUCCACAAUUUUAUGAUAGUGUCCAGAUGUUCUCCAUUAUAAGAUACUAAACACAUUUCUAUCGUACCUUUUCCUAAUAAUUGGUCCUUCUGUGGUUCAAAAAUAUUUCGUUAGUAUGGUCGAAAUACUUAAAUAUUUGUAACUGUUUAAAGCUGACAAAAAAAUAUAAUGUCGUCAGCAUUGCACAAUUUGUUGAUGAAUUGACAUUAUUCCUUAGCAUACAAAUAGCUUAAAACGAAAGUAGUAAAUAGGACUGCAGU